GUUCGUGAGUAAUCUUUUAAGUUUGAAAUCCAAUUAAAAUCUUAACAUCUUGAAAUAAUACUUCUCAAAAUAAUAGAAAAUUGUUGUUAUUUAUGUUUUUAAGUGUAAUUAAAUAAUAUGAUUGUAAUUUUAUAAUAUAACAAGUAAAGAAAUAUUUUGACAUUAAUCAGGUUAUCUUUGUCUCAUAUGUUUUAAUUUCAAUUAAUGAUAUACCUUUUCUAAUAUUCAACCAUGGGUAAGAGAAAUAAUAUGAUCCCUAAUGGGCAUUUCCAUAAAGAUUGGCAAAGAUUUGUUAAAACUUGGUUUAACCAACCAGCUAGAAAAUUUCGUCGUAAACAAAGUCGCGUAAAGAAAGCUCGUGCUGUUGCACCAAGACCUGUGAAGCUUCUGAGGCCUAUUGUUCAUUGCCCAACAUUCCGUUACCACACAAAAGUUAGGGCAGGCAAAGGUUUUACCUUAGAAGAACUGAAGGCUAGUGGUUUAAAUAAAAGAUUUGCUAGGACUAUUGGAAUUGCUGUAGAUCCUAGAAGACGUAACAAAUCAGUUGAGUCUUUGCAAACGAAUGCUCAAAGACUGAAAGAAUAUAAAUCCAAAUUGAUUCUCUUCCCAUUGAAUGAAAAGAGACCUAAAGUAGGUGAUGCUACUGAAGAAGAAAUGAAAGUUGCCACUCAAGUUAAAGGUGAAAUCAUGCCAGUGAGACACCAAGCACCUGCUAAAGCUAAGGCCCGUGUCAUUUCUGAGGAAGAAAGAAAGUUCUCUGCAUAUGUAACUCUCCGUAAAGCUAGGGCUGAUGCCAGACUAGUAGGUAUUCGCGCAAAACGUGUGAAAGAUGCAGCAGAAAAUCCAGAUGAAGUAACUAAAGUUGCUAAAGACAAGAAGGCUAAGAAAUAAUGUGGAAUAAUUCAUGUCUUUGUAUAAAUAUAACAAAUAAAUUCUCUAAUAAGAAAUAAAA